AUGUCGUCCACUCAUCAGUCACCAGAAUCUAUUGCCAAGGCGUCCCCCAACAAGAGCCCCUCGGAGGGUCGAUUGCGUCAAGGCGAAGAGACUACUGUCGGUGCUGCUGCUGCUGCUUCCGUCGCUGCACCUCCGGGGAUCGUACAUAAUACCUUGCGCAAAACCAAGUCCGACAUGAAGGUCAUUCAUCGCUAUCUUGUUCAGGUGAAAAACGACACUCGCGAAAUCCAUGAGAUUCCCCCUCAAGACCUCUGCAGCUAUAUCCAGGACUUCAUCGUUACUGCGAAGAAGAAAGACGGACACGAAUACGAACCGGAGUCUUUGAAAGCAUUCGUCCAUUCGCUUGAGAGGCACUUGAAGUACCACAACUACCCCCACUCCGUGCUCAAAGAUCCAGAGUUUGCGCCUGCAAGGUUGGUCCUCAGUCAGAGAUUGAAUGAGUUGAGAGCAUUGAGCCAAGCUAAUGGGAACUCGAAUGCGCAUAGAAACCAGACGGACGGUGGAAAGUGCGACUUCGGUUUCAGCGAGUCGCAUGAUAAUAACAAAGUGGUUAACUUCAGCUCUCUUUUGCAAACUGGAUUGUUGGGUCCAGCCAACCCUCAAGCGCUGCUAAAUAGCAUUUGGUUAAUCUUACGAACACAAUUCAACGUGGUGGGAACGCAGAAACAUCGAACCUUGACGUGGGGCCAAUUCCAGUGCGUCACAAAUGUGAACUCACAAGAUCUUCUGCGAUUCAUCUCAAGGUCGGGCCCACAGGAAGUCCGAUUUUGCCACGGUCAUGGCGGACCCUUGGGUGUGAGAGUUUUUGAUGGUCACGAAGGUAGCAGUAGCAGCAACAACAACAAUGGCAGUGCCAAACGCCAGGUACUCCCAUUUGAUUGUGUCGAAAUAUUCAACUUCUAUGCGCGCCUUCGCCCUGCUGAGUGUCAGGGGCCAGAGGAACCGCUGUACCUCUGUCCUGACUCUUCAUGGGAUCGCGGCGGGCCUUGGUUCAAACCAGCUGUUGCUGGAGCACAGCUUCUUUCUAGGAUUCCGCGUCUUCUUGGUAUGAAACCGCCUCGCGACCCACAACCACCAGUUUCUGAGACCCCGGCUAAUUCCCUUUUCCCCAACGCCCACUUACCGUCUCUUUCCCAACUUCGAGAUAAUCUUCUCGCCACAAUGAAUUCUUUCAUCGCGGAAAAAAUCGGAAGAACAGAAGCCUCAUCCACCAGAGACCUACCACCAUCACCCCUACUUACGUUUUUGAGUCCCCAGAGUACACUUGCUCCUGAAAAUUUGAGUUUCCUAGCAGCUGGAAUCGCACAUUUUCCUCACUCAUUGUUGGGAGAAGGUGAGAAAGUUCAAGCGAGAGGCGAUCGAGGAGCGAAACCAGCGCAGGGAUGGAACAGUCCUGUUGGCUCAUCACUGGACGGCUCUGUCGAUGAGGCUUCCGCCUCCUCACCCAAGAGUCUACCAGCACCGUCCGUUUCCAGCAAUUCCACGGCACUUCCCCCUGAUCGCAAACCAACACUGACCCCAUGA